UUUGAUAAGAUCAUCUUUAAAAUGUCUCCACAUGUCCUAAUUCUCAUAGGACUUGAUUUAGGGUAUAACAUUUGUUCCCCAAUGAAAAAGUUUGAGGGUAACAAAAACUUAUUGAGUCACAUCUUCACAUUGGUUUUUGCUAUUUGUAACUUGACUCUAAAUUGUGCAUAGCUUUUUCAUAUCUUUGCUUUUAAAAGGUUCCAUCUUUUUAUGGCAAAGAUUUUGUGACCAUAAUUGUCUCGUUAAAAACCUUAGUUAAUAAAAAUCUUGUGGGAUAAAAAAUUAGCUUAAAAAAAAAAGAAUACAGUACAAGUUUUUUCUUUGUAUUCACAACUUUUGGUAUGCUUUUUGUCGAUCUUUCAUAUGCUGCGUAGGUGCCGUGAUUUCUUUAUUUGUAUUUUCUUCCAGAUUUCUUUGCUGGUGUAGGCAUAUUUCCUUUGCAGGUUCUUUGACACGUGUCCCCCUUUUAUUUGUGACCUUGUAUUGGUGAUUUGCAAUUCUUGCCUCCACGGGGGUUGGUGAGAUUUUGGCAUUUAAUGCUGAAUUUUGAAAUGCAAUUUUGAUGAGGUAUUUUUUGUGAUUUUUUUGCCGAUCUCGAAUCUUCUACCCCUUUCUUUAUUAUAUUCUUCUGAUCCCUCCAUCUUUUCUUUUCUUUGCUUGCCUUGUUCUUUGUUUCGGUCCUUUCUUCUUCCACUUUAUCUUUCUGCGUUUUCUUUUCUUUUUUAUUUUAUUUCUAUUUUGGUUUCUCCAGUUUCCUCUUUUUCCUCUCCGAUGUAGCCUCCUUCUUUCUUUUCGCUUUCUUGCUCUUCCUUAGUCUUU